AGAAUCCUCUGUAGGAGGAACAUGAAUACAAAAAAUACAACAUUGCAGUUGAUUUUUUGACUUUUGGCACUGAUUAAUCAGUAAAGCCGAUAUAACUGUCUACCUCUAGCUAUUAUAUAUACUAUAUGUGUGUACAUGAUAUAAUGGCCAUCAAGAUAAAAGGAUUGGAAGUCUAUGUAGUGGCACCAAAAACGUAUUUUGACACUUAAGUCACACUUAAUGUAUAAAUGACAUUGCAUUAGAUAACAAAAUAGCAGCCAAGUGCAUUUGUUUUAAAGACAAAUUGCACAAACAAGCUCCUCUAGCAAACCAUCUUACAAAAAUAAGUUUGUUCAGUUUUAAAUUAUAAAAUUAUAGAUUUACUGUUCAAAAGUAAAGUAUUUGGACAGUUUCUGAUUAUCUAAGUGGAACGUGAUGAAGUGCACGUGGUGUUUGCCAGGACACCUGUGUGAAGUCUCCAGAGGCCUGUUGGAUCAAAGUAUGGCAAAAAUCACUCCAGAAAAUUAUUUAGUUCAGAGCUAAAUAAUUUCUAGCACCGUGUUUCCAGAUUACGUUUUAUUUUGAUGUUAUGUGUUAUGCCAAUACAACGACAUUCAUACAUUUUAAGAAUGGUUUUAAUGUCAAAUACAUUUAAGGGCCACUAACUGUUCUCAGAUAAAGCGUUUCAAAGUCUACAUUCAGUCCAAUGGAACAACUGAGGAGUGCUAUUGCCUCUCUUUUGGCUGUGGAGCUAUUGUACGCGUAAGGCACUUUGGGGCAGAGAAGGAAAGUUUUAUGCUUCCCCUAGUCAGAGUUGUUUCUCUUGCAAAUGAGCAGCUCGUUGCUGAAGAUGCAGAUGUUCUGUAAUGAGGGUCAUUAAGAGUGAGAAUAAGAAUGGACUGGACUGACAGGGCUCUAGGCGCCUUAUUAUGCAGACACAUUUUGAAAAGGUCGAUGGGGGUGCGAAUGGCUACUUAAGGGUGCCAAACAAAACCAGGGGGAGGAGAGUCAUAAGAAGUCAGAAUACAAAUUCUCCUGAAGAAACUGAGCUUAUUGGCAGAGCAGGAGGAUUUAACCUCUCCCGCGAUAAGCAUCUCUGUGGCGCAGCACCUACUAGAGAUGGCCACCGUAACGCACAUAUUGAUUCCUCUGCUGUUUCUCGCUUUCAUGGCUUUUCCCAUUGGAAUACAGUGCCGAUCUUUGCGUGCACACCUUCGUAAGAUGACAUCGUUUCAAGGAGAGCGGAAAAUCCGUACUGGUCACGUCCAGAGACGGAUCCGUCGCGAACCGGACUCCGAGCGCGACCAGUGUGACCUCCAGAGUGCACCGUGGACGGAGAGCACCACCCCGGUUGGUGACUGGGGGCAAAUGUAUCGCCUUAAGAUAUUAUCGACGAUGAGUGAUGGUCCACGUCGUGCUGUUUUCCCAGAGCGACCCCUCUUCCGAUUCGUUAGACGGGUUUAUCGCUGUUGUCAAUUGGGGUACCACUGUGGAAGUGUCAAAGGAAUACAAGGGCAAAAAGUUGGAGGUAACAUUGAGUUUCUUCUCGGUGAGGACGUGCUGUCAGCACCGCUGGCGAGAGCAGAAGUUCAUUUUCACUUUUCAAACCCCCAACACCUCGACAUCCAACCUGUGCUGCCCUCAUUGGAGAAACGAGGCUUCCCUACCAGGUAUAGUGUCUGGAAGAGAGAUGGGGUACUGGAGCUGAGAGUCGAUCUACUUGGCCUUUUUCAGGCACUGCAGCUGGCCAUUGGUGGAGCCAAAAGAGGCCCCAGCCUAAUGGAAAUGCAUCGGGUGAGGGGCCUGACCAGACCAGGGGCCCUUGGCCAAAGGGAAAGACCCCCAUCCCUUCAAGACACAGCGCCCGUAGAAUGGGGGGAGGAGAAUGAGGACGGGGAAGCUGCGGCCCCCCUAAAGCCUGCUUUAGAAUUGGGACUGGCAUUACACUACAGCUUAGCACACAACAUCUUACAACCCUGUCAAACCAAUGGUGUACAACUGACACAUACACCCUUUAUUACUUUGGCAUACAGAUAGCAACAAAACAGCUAUACUGAACAGUGUCUUAGGUAAUAGGUUUCUGACCACAUACUAUGAAUCACUAGCUCUCCCACUUUGCAAGUUCUUUGUGGCCAUAACAUCUCUUGCCAUUCAGUCCACUAACACCUGGUGUGAAUGUUCCCUGGAUGGCUCCCUAUUUAUUCAAGAAAUGCUAAUGAUUCCCAUUGUUUUCUGACAUUGGUUCAUCAACUCUAAAAUCUUACUGUAAUUCAGAGUGGCUUAUGUUAUAUGGAGCACUAUGCACUUCAGCGUGUAAAUUCAAUUUAUUAAAUUAUGGGUGUUAUUUGUGAGAGAAAAAAACUAUCACUGUACAGUAUAAUGUAAAUAGUGUAUAAUUACAGCUAUAUAUAAAAAUUUGUUUUGGUUUGUACCUGAGUGUUUGUCCCUCUCUAAUGUUUCUUAAUGCUGACCAUUGUAUUGUCUCAGUUAUUUAGAGUUUUACUUGGGAUUAGUUUUUUAUCCUAGAAGUACAUUUUAUUUAAAUAUGAAUGGGCUGAAAACAAACAAAAAUAAUGUUGGAAAUUUGCAGGCUUAAAUGAGAAUUCAAGGACAAAAAAGGUUUUAGUUUACAUUUGCAUUACUUUGUCUUAUCUAUAUUUUUACACUUAAAUUUGUGCAGCUACUCACAAAUCAAAGCUUCCAACACUGACAAACUACACAACAGAACAAACACCAGGCCAUGCAAAAUAUUUACACAAUAUUUGUUUCCUUUUAUUUUUAUUGUAGCGUACUUUGGAGGAAACUCGAAUGGUAAAUUCUUAAGUAAUUAUAUAGUUUAUGGUUAGUUUAUGACAGAGAACAUUUUAACUUUGUAUUAGUGACUUGAAUCAGUCCUUUCUUUCAUUAGUUUGGAGACAUUUGAGUCCUAAGCAAAAUCACUCCCCCUCCACACACACCCCACAACCAUUUGCCAACUCUCUAAUUGAGCCAUAACAGUUUCCUGAGUCUUAGUCGCAGCUUUUGUUAUAUUUAAAAAUACAAUUUAAAUAAUAAUUAAAAAAAACGCUUUCUCUGCGGGCCUCCUGGUUGCUUGGGGGCCCUAAGCACCCACUUAUUUAUAGCUAAAAAAUAGCCCUGCAUUUGAGUCUCCUGUUGUGCAGUGCAGAUAUUUUGUAGUGUACUAUUCGAGAUGUUUAGAGCAGAGGUUAAAUAAAGGGUUUUGUCCCCAGGGGGCCGCAUAAAAGGGAGGUUUAUGGAAAAUGUAAUUAAAAAAAAGUAGAAUUUUUUUAUUUUAUACAUUUGUCAUUUUUACAGUUUUAAUUUGCUUUCUAAAUGCUGGAGAGUAUUAAUUGUGGUUUAACAAAUGUAUUGACAGCCAUAGUCUCUUCUAACCAUUGUUGCCUUUAGCUUGCUCACUGGGGAUUGUAAGGUAACAUUUCUUCUCUGGAACAAAAUAUCUCUGAAAAGCACUUUACAAAGUUAGUUGAGCGAAAAUGUUUCUCUUAAGGUCUAUACAUCAUAUAUUUCUCUAAUACUGAUACAUGAUAACAUUUUGUUUUGCUUUAUUAAAAUAUAAAAGCCUAUUAUUUAAUUUCGUAAACAUUUAGUCUAUAAUUUCACAAGUACUGCUGACAUAGUCAGUCUUCCCAUCGAACGUUACUUUUGAAUUGUAAUCUGGUACUGAUUACAAAUUACAUGACUAAAAUUGUAGUCAGGUAAUCUAAUCUGAUUGCUUUUGGAUUACUUUCGUAUACUUUCUGACUAAUUCUUGUCAGAUAUCACAUGGAUUUGAGUAAGCUUGUACCAUGUUUACAUAAUGUUGGUAAAUGCAUAAAAAAAACAGAAUAUAGUAUUUGUUAUGUGUCGGUUUUACUUAAACACUAGUGCUCUGUGGGCUAACAGAUCAGACCAGUUAUAUUUGUGAAUCAAAAUUUGUCACAAAAGGAAAAAGCAGAUUAUUGUACAGUUUUAAAGCUGUGCACAAAAGCAAUUUACAAAAUUAAAACUAACUUUACCCCACUAAUGCAAUCGGUUUGGCAUUUAUGAGUGGAUUACCGCUCUAUCUCUGCAAUGGCUGGUGGUGGCUUGUAUCAGGUCUGUGUGUGCAAUUCCACUCACACCCCCCACCCGACCCCCAACCCCAUUUACUGAUCAUAUAUCAGCUGUAGACUGAUUUUGAGGGAUCAAUAAAUGAAUGUUAUCAUGUAAUC